GAUUUGAUAUCAUCUCGAUCAAUGCGAUGAUGUGUCCCAUGGUUCGAGGACAUUUUGAAUAAUCAAUCCGUCUGCGUUUGGCCGAACCAUCACCGUCCUCCUCUUUGUCGACCUCUCCACGUUUGCUCGCUCUUAUCAUCGUCCCAGAGUCACAUGCCCUUACAUUCUAGAAAACCAACCGUCCAUAGUAGUAUGUGAUACUUUUUAUUAUUACCAAACCGUUCCGAUAAUUACACCAUAAUCAUUAUAUAAUCCCAUAAGAAAGAGUUUAUUUAAGCAAUUGCUUCGUCAACGCCGGAACACUGAAACUAUAAUUGCAUUAUAUACCGCUCCUUCCACCACAUAGAGAAACAUAAUAUAUCAAACCAUCUUUGUGCGAACAUUUAGGAGAAUGAAAGGUCGGCCUGUGCAUCUCUGUCCUACCGCAAAAGUUAUGCCAAAAAAAGUUUAGAGUCCUCGACGAAGUAUACAGCUCUUUAAAUCAUUUCCCCAGGUUACUUGGAACCGUUGGGUGAGCGCGUUUAAUAUUGGACUUUUCUCUUUCUGUUUUAAUAAGGUACGACGUGGCCUUGUUGAACAGCUUGGUUGUUUUAAAUAUCAUAUUUACUAAUAAAUGUGCUUAAUUCCUAGCCCAUGGCUUCAAAAAGCGCUCCCAUGCAUGUUGUUAGAAUAAACCUGGUUCGUCAGGGCACCUGAAAAAAAAGCCUCCCUCAGGACCAGUUUGCGUUUGUAUGCAUGCGAUUGGCAACAUAACUGGCUUAUUUACAUUAAAUACGCCACAAGGUUACAGUGAGAUGAACGUCAUUUUAUCACUGAUUACUUCUCUUAAGCACUAGAGCUGUGACUGAUGCUGAGGACGCGCAGACUACACCGAUUUACCCUGGAGUUUUUUGGGGGGAAGAAAAAUACUUGAAAUAGUUAACUGAAAAGGCGCUUGUCUUCCCCCCCCUCUGCAAACCUGUCUGUGUUCUUCCCGAGCUACGUCGGUGAGGUGGCAGUACUGCAGUGAUCUACGGAUGUCAAUUAGAAGACCCAAAGAAAACACGUUAGGACAGAGACACAUCCCUCUAGGUCGGUUGUCAUUGCUGUGUGCUGUAGUGACUCAGUGGGAGUGACUGCCUGGGUCUCCUCGAACCAAACAGACAGGCUCCAGACCAGUAUGCAGUUAGUGUGUUAAGGAUGGAGGACUCUAGUUUGUGCCUUGGUGUGUCUUCAGCAGUAUCGGACGCUGACAGACACCAUCUGAGCAACACAGUGCUAAAUGGCCGAUACCCUAUCAGUCAGAAGCUCCACCAGCUGACGGCCCAGCUGGGCCACGCCUUUCCUGACCUACAGAGCCGACAGCAGAUCCCUGAGGAGAAAGCUGCCACCCCAUUGGAUGAGAAGAGCCACGCUGCCCUGGCCAGUCAACCAAUCAGCAGUCAGAUGGCACUGCUCGCUAACCAGCUCAACCGGGACAUAGAUGCAAGUGCCCUGGCCAACCUGAAUGGGCGUGUGGACCUGCAGCAGUUUCUCAAUGGGCAGAACCUGGGCAUCAUGUCCCAGAUGAAUGACAUUGAAGAUGAUGCCCGCAAGAACAGGAAGUACCCGUGUCCGUUGUGCGGCAAGCGAUUCCGCUUCAACAGCAUCUUGUCGCUACACAUGCGCACACAUACAGGUGAGAAGCCUUUCAAGUGCCCCUACUGCGACCAUCGAGCAGCACAGAAGGGUAACCUCAAAAUCCACCUACGCACCCACAAGCUGGGAAACCUCGGUAAGGGACGCGGCCGCGUCCGUGAGGAGAACCGUCUUCUACAUGAGCUGGAGGAGAGGGCCAUCCUGAGGGACAAGCAGAUCAGGAGCAGCAGCCUCCUUCAGCCAGCUCAGCCCCUGCAGCACCAGCCACACCUUGGCCCUCAGACCCAGCAGCAGCAGCAACAGCCUGGCUCUGCCUGUGGCCUCCUCACCCCCACCAGCCUGGGAACUCCAGACUCCCUCUCCCAGCCGUCGUCCUCCCCCAAGCCGGCCAGCGCCCAAGAUGACCAGGCCCUGAACCCACCCACUGGAUUCCGCUGCACCUUCUGCAAGGGCAAGUUUAAGAAGCGGGAGGAGCUGGAUCGUCACAUCCGCAUCCUGCACAAGCCCUACAAGUGCACCUUGUGUGAGUUUGCUGCCUCGCAGGAGGAGGACCUGAUCAGCCAUGUGGAAAAAGCCCAUAUCACGGCCGAGUCAGCUGCGGGACAGGGUGCAGCUGGCGGCACUGAGAAGCCUGCCAACGAGUUCCGCUGUGAGGUGUGUGGCCAGGUCUUCAGCCAAGCCUGGUUCCUCAAGGGCCACAUGCGCAAACACAAGGACUCAUUUGAACACGUCUGCCAGAUCUGUGGUCGUCGCUUCAAGGAGCCCUGGUUUCUCAAGAACCACAUGAAGGUCCAUCUCAAUAAGCUGGCCAUCAAGAGCAAGCCCCCAGCAGAGGACAUUAAUGCUGUCAACACCAUGAACAGCAUGGCCCAGGAGGCCCACGCUAACCUCUACUCACGCUACAUCUCCUGCCUGCAGGGCGGCUUCCUAUCCCCAGACAAACAGGGUCUGAGUGAGCAACACCAGAUGCUGGCCAAAGCCGGCAUUGCCAUGAAGGAGAAGGAGAUGCUGGGGAAGCUGCUAGGCCCCAUGGUAGGGAUGGGCCAUGGCCUUGGUGAAGGGGAGAAGCGCUCUCUCCUGGGCUGUCUGAACCUGGUGCCCCCCCUGAAGUCCAGCUGCAUGGAACGCCUCCAGGCGGCUGCCAAAGUUGCAGAGAUGGACCCACUGAAUAGCUAUCAGGCCUGGCAGAUCAUGGCACGAGGCAUGGCCAUGGACCGCGCCUUUAUGCCCAAGGAGCAGCACCAUGAGCAGCACCAUGAGGAGAGGAUCAAUGCUGCCGGCAUGGCCUUCACUAAAGAGAAGCAUGACUACCCUAUGAUGGGCUCCAACGAUGGCUCCAAGCAGAAGCAGCACAUCGAAGCUCUGCAUGGCUCGAAGGCCGGCAGUGGAGCCAUGAUGCCCCUGAAAGACGACAGAGUGGGUUUCGACAGCCACCGUGACUUCAUGCCACAUCAUGGCGGCCAUGGCCUGGGCCUGGGCCACGGCCUUGAGUACAACCACCUGACUAGCCUGAAAGAGAAACCCACAGAGUGUCCUGACUGUGGCCGGGUCUUCAGGACCUAUCACCAGAUGGUGGUCCACUCUCGGGUGCACAACAAGGAGCGGCGGCCCAUAGAAGAAGCCAUCCAGCAGCAGAACAACACCACAGGGCUGGAUGAGCGGCGUGGCUCAGCCAGCGACCCCGAGUCCCAGUCCAUCAGCAGGUCCACCACCCCUGGAUCCUCCAACGUGACGGAGGAAAGCGGAGCCGGAGGAGGCCACUCCCAGACCGGCAGUGUCCAGGACGACAGCCCACACCCUUCCUCCCCAUCCUCAGAUGUCGGGGAUGACCUGGGGAAGGCGGCGGGGAGUGUUCAGCAGGCCCCCUCCCAGCACAGGGACAGGAGCCUGGGCUCGGCCAUCAAGGACUGCCCCUACUGUGGGAAGACCUUCCGCACCUCCCACCACCUCAAGGUCCACCUGAGGAUACACACAGGUCAGUGGAGAGAGAAACCCUACAGGUGCCCUCACUGCGACUAUGCAGGCACCCAGUCUGCCUCACUGAAGUAUCACCUGGAGCGCCACCACCGUGAGCGGCAGAAUGGCGGCGGCCCCUCCUCCGGACACGCCCCUCUCGCUGAGCACAAGGAAGAGCACGGCAAGGGUGGCGUCUUCGCCCGCCCUGAUGUCCUCCGCGGUGUCUUCAAGGGCAUGCCCUCCAGCCUGGACUUCAGAGGGGGACCAUUGCACCCCCACCAGUGGGCCCCUCCCGGUAUGUUGUCCCCCAGGGAGCGUGAGAGGGACAGAGAACGAGAGCGUAAUGGCCUGGGAUCUGACACUCUCUCUGAAAGCAUGAAGAGCCCAGAGGGCCCCUCCGCCGCAGACGUCCCAGCCAGCUUCAGAGACCUAGGUCGGGCGUACCAGAGCAUGGUGGGAAAUGGUGUCAACUUCCAGGGCUCCCUGCAGGCCUUCAUGGACAGCUUUGUCCUCAGCUCCCUGAAGAAGGAGAAGGAGAUGAGAGAGAGCCACCUGCAGUCCCAGCAUUACUUUGAGAGUGGUGAGCCCAAAGCCAAGAGGAAUGAUACUGGUGAGGAAAAGGCUGAGGCCAAGCCUUCAACGGGCAAGCCUGGGUCCCAGUACGAGCCUCUGGACCUGUCUGUCAAUGUCAAACCUGAAACAGGCUCUCUGCCUGGCUCCUCUGUCACCUUCCAGGACAACGUGGCGUGGCAUGGCUGCCUCUUCUGCUCCUUCACCACCGCCUCUGUCGAGCUGAUGGCCCUACACCUGCAGGCCAACCACCUAGGCAAGGCCAAGCAAUGCAAGGAGGGCAAGGAGCACCAGGGAGAGCCCUCCCACUUCCUCAAGGCCAGCAUGGGCCCAGCCCACCUCCAUGACAGAGACAAUGACAGAGAGGGGGAGAAGAGCCAGUCAGCCUGGUCCAACCACAUGGAGCACCACGCCAGCAUGGGAGCCUUCCAGAGUGACUUCUAUAAGCAGUAUGGAGGCAUGUAUGAUGGCUCCCCAAGGACCCCGGGCCUCCAGGGGUUUGGAGCGACAUGCCCUGACCCAGCCCUGGAGCAGCAGAGCCAGGCCAGAGAAACAGCUGGGGAUGAGCUCUCAGACAAGGCCUCCUGCGGGGAGCUGGAGGACCAGGCACAGUCUGAGGAUGAUGAAGGCAGGGAUGGAGAGCGCUGCCACAGCACCGAGUCCUCCUCCGCCCAACCAGAGAGACAGCGGCCCCACUCUGACGACGAGGAGGAAGAGGAGGAAGAGGACGGGAUGGAGGGGGAAGAUGAGGACAGUGCCACCUAUCAGAUGCCGAAGCAGACGCAGGCCGUGUCCCCGGCUAGAGAGGCCCAACGACCAAGGGCCUCCUUGGGCCCUGGGGCCCCUUUCCCUCCCCAGUUCCAGCCUCAGCCGCCCCUGGAGAAGCAGUGGCAGCAGGGCUUGGGUCUCCUUUCAUCUCCUGGUGGUUCCCCGGGGCUGCUGAAGCCGGAACAUGCCCAUCUCGAGCAGCAGAUGAACAUGCUGUCCGUCCUGAGGGCCUACAGCUCGGAGAACCUCGCAGCGUUCAACGGCCUUGGAAGCGGCUCAAACAGCGGCGUCGGCAUCAAGAGACCAGACGCACCCAGUCACGGAGGUCACGGAGGUCAGGGGGGUCAGAAGCCGUUCCAGUGCAGGUACUGCUCCUACGGUGCCUCCCAGAAGGGCAACCUGAAGACCCAUGUCCUGUGUGUCCACCGCAUGCCCUUUGACAACAGCCAGUACCCUGACCGCCGCUUCAAACGCUCCCGCAUCGACUCGGACGCCUCAGGGAACUCUGAGGAUGGGACCACCAGCUACCCCACGGGAAUUCAUGGGGGUAUGGCCGACCCCCCUCUCUCUGGAGACCCCCUGCAUCCAUGACCGAUGUCACCUGGCAUGGAGGUGCCAGCCUUCAACUCUACAACUACUGUACUCACUAGAGCCACAUAACAGGGACUACUUACUUCGCCUACUCCCAGAGCACAGCCAGAUAAAGGGGGCCAUCAGUGACUGUACUGUUUUACCCAGAGCUCACAGGACAUCCUCAGUGUGUACUAGGUCAGUAACAAUAACAUAACACGCAUAUAAACAACACAUACCAUGGGUUGAGUAUCCUUUAAGAUGGGUCCUGAAGAAAUGCAUCUAUUCAUUCAUAUAAAACUAGGUAUAGAUAUGUUAAAUUUAGUUAUGCGACAAAUAGUGGAGACGACUAUAUAAAAAAAGAAAUAAUAAAGGAAAUAUAGAAAAUCUUUAAAAUGACUUUUAUCCCCCAAAAAUUAUGCUUUUAUCAGAAAAAUGAUCCCGUAAACGAUUUAGCGACAAUUGGGGAAGAUGGAAUAGGAUUGAACAUGACACCGGCGGCUGCCUUUUGCAGAGGGCGAAUGAUGAGCAGCCAGUGGAGGCUGCAGCGGCAGUGGUGGGGGGGGGCCUUGGUGCCAGCCUGACUGGAGCUGUCAUCGCAGAGGAAAUCAAUUCAAUCCCCCCUCUCCCCUUUUUUCAUCUUUCUCGACCCAGCAGUCCAGCCCCAUCCACUCCCAGCCCUCUGCCCCUACUGCACUACAGGAGGUAACCUAACCCUGGCCGACAUGUGAGGGGUCAAACUCAGUUCCAUCAGCUGGCCAGAGUCACCCUCCCCCCCUCCCCUUUCUCUGCCUCUUUAAAACGACUCAAAUCCAACAUGGCCUCUGGAAGAAAAAAAAUAAAUCAAUGAUGUAUUUAAAGGAGCCAUUAGAGGCACAGAGAUGUGUUCUGUGCAAUAUUGUCAUUUAUUUGGAUAUCACCUUACCAGACACUGAGAGGUGGAGUUAAUUGAAUGUGUUUUAUUUCAUUUAACUUUUAUGUUAGGAGGUGGAUGGUUGUUCUUUGGAAUUGAAAGUGUAGCUAGUGAAGAUGUACAUAGUGGAAUUGGGACCUUUACAACUUGAUGUACUGUAACUUUAGUCAGAGGUUGAAUGUUUCGUUAUAUAUGAAGACCGUGAACGUCACAGGAGUUGUUUCCUCAGACACAAUGCAGGACUAUCUUCCUAUAGGCUCCUCUAAAGCAGCUUCAGAAUGAGCAAUAAUACAUAGAGAUAAUCACCCUGCUCCCUGUCUCUAGUUUAAACGUAUUAAUUACAAAAUAGACAAAGGGACAUUUUCUACAAAUGUCUUUUCCAAUUUAUUUCUAGGUUUCGGACGAAGCAUUUUGUGAGUAGUGGGGGGUAAAACAGAAGAUGAUGCUUUUUAUUGUGUUGGUAUGGAGGCAUGGGGGGGAUUUAAAAAAAAAAUGUUUCUGAUAAAGAGAAAUGAUCCGGACUUUAAGAAAGUCAAUAUCUUCCCUCACAGCCAAGGAGAGCUGAACACUUAAACCCCAGGGCCUUAACACCACAGCUAUGCCUAAAGGAGUUUACAGUCCGCUCAAAUACACUGCUCCUAUCAGUUGAGAGAGAGAAAUAAGAAAAGAAAGAAAGAAAGAAAGAGAGUAUGGAUAUGUCCAGAAUGCAGUGGUUUAAAUGGGGUCAUUUGAAUUAGGACUUUUCUGCCAUUCAGCGAUCUACUUACAGUGUUCUGCUGUUCAUUUGCUUACCUAGCCUAGUUCGCACUGCCUUACUUCAGAUCGAGUCGAUCAAUUUAAUACAACUGUUUGUAUGAUAUCUCCCAUGAAGCCACAACAUUGAGAUACAACUGAAACGACUGUGGUAAGCUUUAGGUUUAAAUGCACUACUGCGUUCUUGGUGACUGUGCCAGUCGCUUGCUUUUUCGUGUGUGUAUGUACGUGUGUGUGUGUGUGUGUGUGUGGGUGUGCCUACCUAACUAUAUAAGAGAAAAGAAUAACUACAAAAAAAAACAAAAAAAAACUGAAGAAAAAUCAUUCACAUUCCAUUUCUAGCACUUUUCAGGUUUUCCAGUAUAUCUGUAUGUUUCAAACUAUGCGAUAUGGCAAAUGAUGCUUUUCAUGACACUGGAAACAUCAUUGUUUGACAAUUCUCUGUGACGUGUUCGUCCAUCCCUUACUGUGCUACUGUUUCCCUGCCUGCAUUCCAAAAUGACCCACGUUUACCCUGAAAAUAUUUUGUUUGUCAUGAUUCAAUUAAGAAACUGACGCAAAUGUACAAUUACAACUUGAUCAUUCCUGCGCUAACAAAGAAGAUAAAUCAUUUAUAUGUACUUCUCUGUGUACUCUGUGUUCAUGGCCCUGAUACUGUCCACAUUCCUUGAUGAAGUAAAUGUCUAUAUUGGAGGUAAAGUAAGUAGAGGAUUUUGUUGCUACUACUAUAUACUUACAACCAGUAGACAACUUUGUAUUUAAAUAUAACUAUUAGGCAUUAUUUAUUAUUCUACAUCAGUUUUACAGAAGAGGAAAACAAUUCUGAUAACGGUAAAUCUAUGUUUUUUGUUUUUUUCAUGGACUCUUUCUGCUGUCAGGAAGUUGUGAAGUCUCUGAGGCAGUUUGUUUUAUCCAGUGUUUUACGCAAUAAAAACCUCUACCU